CACCGACCAAUCACGAGUGAGCAUUUUUCGCGCUGGUUGGCCUCACAGUUUGAGUUGCCCGCAAAAGCCUUUUUCACUCCACUUGAAUGAAAUUCGUCCCUUGACGCCAUGGAGCAACUCCGCGUUCUCGUUUAAGCCGCCGCCGGGACGUCCAGCCAGUAGAGCGUGUGUUAAAAGGACUCGGAUGGAAUGGACAGCAAAGGGAGCUCCUUGCCUUCCAUGCCCGAGCCGGCCAACCCCGUCAGCAUGAAGCAGCCGCCGGAGUCUCGCGGCGACCCCUCCCUGCUCAUGGACCAGGCCGCCGCGCAACUGGCGGCCACGUUGCAGGACGGCGUGCUCCAGAAGAUGUCCGGCCACGGCCACGAGAGGCUCAAGGACCUCACGUCUCUGGUGCUCAACGGCGAUCAGGACGCCAUCCCCAAGCUGUGCGCCGCCGAGACGCCCGUCCCCAAGGGCGCCGAAGCCCCCCCUUCCAACGGAACCCAUCAGCACACGUGCGCUCCGCACGGCGAGCCGGAGCUGAAGGUGACCGUUCCCCAGGUGGUCACGGCGCCGCUCUUUGAGCCGUGCUCGGCCGGCGGCACCAGCUUGUCCGCCGUCGUCCAAGGUGCGGCGUCGGCGCCCGAGGAAAGACAGGAAGUGAAGAAGCGGCGGGGCAGACCCCAGAAACCAAAAGCUCAACCCGCCCUCGGCGCUUCCGCCCUACCCGAAGAUGCUCUCGGUCCUGCUUUGGAGGCAGCGGAUGAGUCGCAAGCCACGGUCCGCAGAGAGCUUCCGCAGCAUCAGAAGGAUCUCAUUGUUGAAAGGUAUCGGUCAGGAGAAGGGUACAAAAGAAUUUCCAAGGCCUUAAAUAUGCCCUGGAACACAGUGAAGACAGUCGUCGUCAAGUGGAGAAAGUAUGGCACAACGGUGACACUGCCCAGAACUGGACGCCCCUCCAAAAACAAUGAAAAGAUGCCGAGAAAUCUGGUCAGGGAGGCUGCCGAGAGGCCAACACUGAAGGAGCGGCAGGAACUUCUGCCCGCAGUCGUCUCUGAGCCGUCACCAGUUGCCACGGAAGCGCCGUCUUUGCCCAGCAGCUUCUCCGUCGGCGACGUGGUCUGGACCAAGGUGUCGGGGUACCCCUGGUGGCCCUGCAUCGUGACCACCGACCCUGAACGGAACCACCACGUCAAACCCAAACCCAACGCGAAAAGUACGUCGGGCUUCCUUUAUCACGUGCAGUAUUUUGGAGAUGCUCCUGAGAGGGGCUACAUUUUUGAGAAGAACAUGGUGUCCUUUGCUCGAGAAAGCCAGUACCAGGAGCUCAGCCUGCGCAACAAGCAGCCGGCCGCACACGUCCUUCACAAAAAGACGCUUCAUUCCGUGCCCCGCAAAAUGCGACCGCAGUGGAAGAUGGGCGUCAUCCAGGCCACCGAGGCGCUGGCCAUGUCGCUGGAUGACCGCCUGGCCAACUUCAUCUUCAUGUACGACGAUAACGGGCCCCACCUCAACCCCUGCAUCCUGGACAAGCUCAAGCCGGAGUCCGGCGCGGAGGCGGAGGCCCGGCUCUCCAUGGGCGUGGUGGCCGCGGCCAAAGACGGGCCGCGGCUGAACGGGGGCCAUCUGAAGACCGGCCCGCAGAGGAAGAAGAAAGACGCCGACGCUCCGCCGCAGGAGCCGGCGGUACCCGUCAAGAAGAAGCCGAGACCCAAACAAGGCGGCUCCCCUCUCGAGACGGACGGAAGGAGGAAAACGUCAACGGGUCCGGCCAAGAAGAGGACGUUGGGAGAAGCUUCGGCUCGGGGUAAGAGAGGCCCGAAGCAAAUGGCCAAAAGGACCACCGAGUUGGACGCAGCAGUGGAACAGCAGCCCAAAAAGAGACGAAAACAUGACCAGGCCUGGAUGGUGGCGGAAGCCCGCCGCAAGCCCGGCGGGAGGAGCUGGAAAGCGGACCAAGAAGGGAAAGCAAGCAAGCGAGCACUAAAAAAGCGUCAAGCGCUACUUGCAGAUGAGCAAGAGGUGGAGAAUCCAAAGCGCAAAAGGAAGCGGAAGCAGGAUGGAGAGAACCUCGGGGAGCCUGUCAAGACCAAAAAAAGACGCUCCUUCCUUUGUCCCGAACCUGAGGGGUCCGGCAGCGAAGGGUGCCCCGAUUCGCCGGGCGACAGCCUGGACGGGAUGAAAAAAGGAGAGCGCAAGAAAGAGUUCGCCUGCCAGGCGUGCGAGCAGGCGGGCGAGGACCUGGUCCCCUGCGAAGGGCAGUGCGGCGGCAUGUUCCAUCUCCACUGUCUGGGCGGAAGCUUCGAGCCGGACGACAAGCUGCUGUGUCGGCCGUGCAGCACGGGGCUUCACCCGUGCUUCACGUGCAAGCAGUCGGACGGCGACGUGCGGCGCUGCCACGUGGCGCACUGCGGCAAAUUCUACCACGAGGUGUGCGCCCGCCUCAGCCCGCUCACCGUGUUUGACAACAAAGGUUUCCGCUGCCCGCUGCACACCUGCCUCAGCUGCCACUACGGCUGCCGCACGCAGACCAAGUCCACCAAAGGGCGGUUGAUGCGCUGCCUGCGCUGCCCGGUGGCCUACCACGUGGGCGACCAGUGCGUGGCGGCGGGCAGCGAGAUGAUCACCAACACCGCCAUCGUCUGCACCAACCAUUUCAACGCCAAGAAGGGAUACAGCCACCACAGUCACGUCAACGUCAGCUGGUGCUUCGUCUGCUCCAAAGGAGGUCAGCUGCUGUGCUGCGAGUCUUGUCCCGCCGCCUUCCACCCCGACUGCCUGAACAUCGCCAUGCCCGACGGCAGCUGGUUCUGCAACGACUGCCGUGCGGGCAAGAAGCCCAAAUACCGGGACAUCAUCUGGGUCAAACUGGGAACUUACCGAUGGUGGCCCGCAGAGAUCCAGCACCCCCGCAACAUUCCCACCAACAUCCAGCACCUUCGCCACGAGAUCGGUGAGUUCCCGGUCUUCUUCUUCGGCUCCAAGGACUACUUCUGGACCCACCAGGGCCGCGUCUUCCCCUACAUGGAGGGCGACCGGGGAAGCAAAUACCAGAAAAACGGCAUCGGGAAAGUCUUCAAGACGGCGUUGCUAGAAGCUGAAUCUCGAUUCAAGGAGAUGAAGAUGAAGCGAGAGGCCAAGGAAGCGCAGGAGAAAAAUCGAAAACCGCCCCCGUAUAAAUUUAUCAAGGUCAACAAAGCGGUGGGCAAGGUGCAAGUGUACGCGGCCGACGUGUCGGAGAUCCCCAAGUGCAACUGCAAGCCGUCGGUGGAGCGUCCGUGCGGCUUUGAGUCGGAGUGCCUGAACCGCAUGCUGCAGUACGAGUGCCACCCGCAGGUGUGUCCCAGCGGCGAGCGCUGCUGCAACCAGGACUUCACCAAGCGCCUCUACCCGGACACCAAGAUCGUCAAGACGCCCGGCAAGGGCUGGGGACUCGUCGCCCUGCGCGACAUCAAGAAGGGAGAGUUUGUGAACGAGUACAUCGGCGAGCUGAUCGACGAGGACGAAUGCCGGGCCAGGAUCAAAUACGCUCACGAGAACAACAUCACCGACUUCUACAUGCUAACUAUCGACAAGGACCGAAUCAUCGACGCCGGUCCCAAGGGGAACUUCUCUCGCUUCAUGAACCACAGCUGUCAGCCCAACUGCGAGACGCAGAAGUGGACCGUCAACGGAGACACGCGCGUCGGACUGUUUGCCGUCUGCGACAUCCCAGCGGGCACCGAGCUGACGUUCAACUACAACUUGGACUGUUUGGGCAACGAAAAGACAGUGUGUCGCUGCGGCGCCCCCAACUGCAGCGGCUUCCUGGGAGAUCGUCCCAAGAACUCCAACGGUCAGGUGGCCGAUCCCAAAGGCAAAAGGCUGAAACGCAAGUACAGGAAGCGGCGGACGGAGGGCAAGAAGUCGGACGACGAGUGUUUCCGCUGCGGCGACGGAGGACAGCUGGUCAUCUGCGGAAAGAAGACGUGCACCAAAGCUUUCCACCUGUCGUGCCUCAACCUCUCCAAGCGGCCUUUUGGCCGCUGGGACUGCCCGUGGCACCACUGCGACGUCUGCGGCAAGAACUCGGACGCCUUCUGCCAGCUGUGCCCCAACUCCUUCUGCAAGGCCCACCAGGAGGGGGCGCUGCGUGCCUGGCCUCCCACCGGCCAACUGUGCUGCCUGGACCACGACGAGCACCAGGAUGGCGCCGUCCUUGCCACCGCUGCCGCCGCCCAUCCAAAGGGCCCCGGGAAGACCCAAGUCAAGAAAGCCAAGAGGAAAGCGGCCGAAGCUUAAAACAAACACGUUAAAUCUCGGCCAUCAGGGAACGAGCUCGCCGAUGACACUUUUUCCUUUUUGUCCUCCUGCACUGACCUAUCCAUUUCCUGUCCUGGAAAAUUUCCACCAAACUGCCUUUUUUUUUUUUUUUUAAUUGUAAACAUCUUUAGGGUUAGUCAAGGCUCAUACUCGAGUCCCCUUCACUUUUAGUUUCCAUUAAAACCAAAAAGUAGCGGUAAAAAUAAAUUAGCAGGGCUUGUCCGACAUGUUGCCAAAUGUAUUUGUUAUUCUAAUAUAUAGCGUAUAAAUAGUAAAUAUAUAUUUGUACAUCCCAGGAAUGACUACCUUGUACUGUACUUAGUCCAGUAGUGUCCCUCACUUUUUUUUUUUCUUGGUGGUAAUAUCCAACAGGAGAUCAUAGCAAUAAUAGAUUAUGUUGGGAGAGGGGUGCGUGUACCCUGUGACAAACACUACUGAGACGUUGAAGGGUUCCAAGCACAUUUUGUACUCUUCGUUUGGAUCGUAACUUCUAGUUUCUAGUCUCUAAUUAAAAAAAAAAAGAGAGGAAUCAGUUCCUGAAUCCUAAAACGGCAGCAAAAGUCUUUUCAAGGAUUCGGUGCUUGCUUGCACUUUAAGUCCAUGAAAGACGAGAAAAAUCGGUGCUUGAAUACACCAAUCGCGAAAAGGCGGCUUUUGUCCACUGUUCUUUAGUCUGUGCUUGAAGGCGCGCGCUGAAAAUGUGGCUUCUGUUCGUUAGAAGGAAUCGUUGCUCCAAUGCACAGCGGGAUAUAAAAAGGUGGCUUUUGUCUAGUUUUUGUUUUUUUCUUAUUUAUUUCACCAAAUUUGUCCCACUGAGAUCAAAAACCUUUUUUUUCUCUUUUUUGGGGGGGGGAGAAAGAGACCUCGUCUCAUUAAUCAGUCGAGAAUGCAGGUUGGGUAAUCCAAAUGCAGUUUUAAGUUUGUUCGGAGGAAGUCGGUACUCAAAUGUACCCAGACUUCGGUUGGCUUUCAUAGAGACCUCCGCACCCCCCACGCUAAUGUUAUGAAGUCCACCGUGAAAUUUACGUUUUUACUUUAUUAUAUGUCUGCCCGCCGCACCCAAGAGAAAAAGUCUUGUUUGACCUCUCCUGAUUGUGACCUCUGAACUGUGUGCCUAAUUUCCUACGGUGCCUGAACGCAUCCUCGUCAAGUGCGGAUUUUUUUUUUUGGGGGGGGGGGGCGUUUUCUGACCUUCAUUGCGCGAACGUUUUGUGUGCGUGUCUCGAAUGUAGUGUAUUGUUGUGAGGUGAGCACUGUUUAACUGCCUUGUAACUACUGUCCCUCUGAAACCACAGACUAAUAUGUACAUACUGUAUAAGUGCCCAUAGUGAUGCCUUCUAUUGUAAAUAUAACAUUGUUUUUCCUCA